UCCCUGCGGUCACACUGCAUGAUUUGUUUUUAUUAAUUUUUGGCGAAUAAAUUGGGACAAAUGAGGCAUCAUUGCGGGCGAUGCGAAUUGUGACCAGCGGGCAGCAGCAGCGGCAUGCGACACCGACAACAGCGGAGCAGCAGCACCUGGCUAGCGUUGUAAGGGAAUCCCCUUGAUAGGCGACGGCAUCCGCUUGAGAGCGAGACCCAAAAAGCAGCGGAUCACCCGCAGUCGAGCAAGUGGUUCCUCCUCAACCACCCUCCCCUCUGCUCCCCUCUCCACUGCUCCACCUCAAUGUAAAUUUUAAUUGAAGCCAAUUGAGCGCGCACACCCGAAAACAUAAAAAACACGCACCAAAACGAAACCCUCGAGCGGAGGAGGCUCCGUUGGACAAGAUUCCGCACUUAACCUGUUCAGGCGACGGUGGUGGCGGUGGUGGUGCAAUAAAUGGACAUAAUUGCUCUAAUUGGACAGAGCAGCAGUGGGAUCGGAGCACCACCAAUAGGAUGGCACAAUUCACACUCUACAACAACAAACACAGUGGGCCGCCCAGCAGCGACAGUCGCGUGGACUGCGAACACGUACCACUGUGCUCCAUUAACGACGUGCAGCUAAGGUUCCUGGUGCCCGACGAUCUGACGGAGGUGCGGCAGCUGUGCCAAGAAUGGUUCCCCAUCGACUAUCCACUAUCAUGGUAUGAGGAUAUUACCUCAAGCACGCGCUUCUUUGCGCUGGCAGCUGUAUAUAAUCUGGCCAUAAUUGGUUUAAUCGUUGCCGAAAUCAAACCCUAUCGAAAUGUGAACAAGGAGGUAAUAGCCAAUAUGAGUGAUAGUGAUGAGUUGUACACCAGGCUGAGCGGUUUUCCCAUGCAGGACAAGGGCAUCCUGCCGGACUCGAUGGGUCGUUCCGCCGAUGUUGGCUACAUUCUGUCGCUGGGCGUCCAUCGUUCGCAUCGACGCAAUGGCAUCGGAUCGCUGCUGCUGGACGCGCUAAUGAACCACCUGACAACGGCCGAGCGGCACUCGGUGAAGGCGAUCUUCCUGCACACGCUGACCACCAACCAGCCUGCCAUAUUUUUCUACGAGAAGAGAAGAUUCACGCUACACUCAUUCCUGCCCUACUACUACAAUAUACGGGGCAAGGGCAAGGACGGAUUCACCUAUGUGAACUACAUAAACGGCGGCCAUCCACCCUGGACACUAUUAGAUCACAUCAAGCACUACGCCUCCAAGGUGCGACACACCAGCAGCCUGUGCGCCUGGGUGGCCAAUCGAGUGCAGCUGGUGGUGCGGUGGUUCUACCACAAGCUGCUCACCCGCUUCAACUUCAUCGAGUAGAUCGAGAUCCUUCCGAGGCGCAAGCACCACGAUUAUGUCAUCCCGUCGAGCAUAAACAAACAUUUAUAUGUACACUGGCACCCACUCACCAUACAGACACACCUUCAUUAUAAAUGUUAGGCAACACCUCAGCAGAAUCAUUACGUUUUUAUACAGAAGAGGAGAGAAAGAUCUAGCAAAGAACAACGUCAAAGGUAUAAGUUGAAAGUUGUAACAUAAUUCGAUAAGUGUAUUAUUACGUUUUAAAAGAUAUCUAUCUGUUCGUUCACCGCUGUAAAUAGUCUUACGAUGUUUUGUUUGAACUGCUGUAACCGAGUGAUUUGGAAUAUUCCCCCUUUCUGUUUUCUGUAUGUUUUUCCUACCUUUUAAGUUCCACGCACAAGAAAGUCAUUUAGUUUAGCGACAACCAACAACAAAGAUGCUCAUGCUUUAAUGCUUAAUUUAUGAAAACUGCACGUAAAUAGCUUUGAACCGAGAAACGAAUUAAUGUUAUAUGGCAAAAAAACCAGUUGAAUACCCAAAAGCAGCCUCUAAAAAGGAUAACCAUUUGAAAUCAAACUCUGUUCGCUGUUUCUAUAGUAUUUUGUAAAAGUAUUUUAAUGCAUAUUGUUUCGCAGCUAAUUCUGAUUACUUUAGGCACAAUUUAUCUAGCAAAUUGUAAUAUUUUUUAAAAUAAAAACUUGUAAAGUUA